GGAGCCGGUCAAGGUGCACUGACAGCGCCACAGGAAAGGAAGACUCGUCCUCGCUUUCAUUUAUUUCCUUCGAGGGGGGAGAAAGAUGUCUUUGAGCCGAGAGAGCGUUGUCUCCGUGCUCGUGUCCGCGGGCGGCCGUGUGAGCAAAGCCAAGCUGCUGGCGAGCUUUCGAGGCGCGCUCGAGUGCGACGACCGCGACGAGAAGGCUCGCAACAGGGAACUCUUCAAGAGCCUCGUCAACAGCGUCGCGUACGUGAGCCGGGACGACGACGGCGUGCCGUACGUGCUGCUCAAGAAGGCCUACAACCGCCGCACGGGGACACAGCAGGACGAGGGACAGCCUGCAGGGACGGCGAGCUGUGCUGGAAGGGAACAGGGAGGCAAGCAGGAGCAGGAGUGUCCACCUGAGAAUGUCGAGGACUCCAAGAGUUGCGCUGGACAUGAGCAGGGAGGGAGCCUGCAGACAGGUGAGCAAAGUCAACCUGAGACUGGGAGAUUUUGUGGAGAGGAACAAGAAAGUGAGCAGGAGCAGUGUCCACCUGAGACUGCAAGACGUACCCUGGAGGAACAGGAACAUCGUUGCCAGACGGGGGAACAGCAGAAGGGUCCGAUUGUUACUGUUUUGAACACAAAAAGACUUCCUGGACAGGAACAGGAUCAGUGUCCAAAGAAAAAGGAACAGGGUCAAUCUGAGGAUGUUGUGAAUGCACAGAGACGUGAGAGACAGGAACAGAAUUGCGAGCUGCAGCGGGGCCCAACUGAGACUGUUCUGGAUGUUCAGAGCCAUGCUGAGGAGCAGUGUCUUCAGACAGGUGAUCUGGAGCAGGGUCUAUCUGAGACUGCUGUGAAUGCAAAGAGACAUGCUGGACAGGAAUGGGAGAAGAAGAAGCAGGACCCGAAGAGAUCUGCUCAAAAGGAAGAGCAAGAGAGCUUACAGACAGGUGAGCAGGGGAAGGGUCUACCUGAGUCCAGAGGGAACUCAAAGAGCAGAGCUGAACAGGAACAGGGACGCACAGAACAUCUCUCUCCUUUCGAGCUAGCCUUGCAGAGGAGCAAAUGUUCCGACAUGAGAAUCAAGCAGAGCCAGAAUGUGGAGGUGGCUCCAAAACCAUAUGCUUUACCCCUGAGGAUGCCCCCCACGAGCAGGGCCGAGUUCCCCAAACAGAAACCCGACCUGGACGAGCCCCCCAAAGUGGAUCCCUUACGAAGCAAAGCGAAGCCUGCCAAGGUGUCUGACGAGUCCAGAAUCCCGUCGGCGGUGCCGCUGGAGCCGUCGGAGCACGAGUGGUUGGUCAAGUGCGCAUCGGGCCACUGGAGCCAGGUCUACGGGCUCCUCCUGAGGGACCGCCAGCUGGCUGACAAGCGAGACUUCAUGUCGGGGUUCACCGCCCUGCACUGGGCAGCCAAGUGCGGCAACAGCGACAUGCUGGUAAAGAUCCUGGACACGUCCCGGGAGGGCGGCGCGGCCGUGGACAUCAACGCCAGGACCCACGGUGGCUACACGGCCUUGCACGUGGCCGCCUUGCACCGGCAAGACUACGUGGUGGCCAUGCUGGUGGGUGAGUACGGCGCGGACGUGAGGGUCAGGGACAACGACGGCAAGAGAGCGUACCACUACCUGCACUCGGAUGCCGCGCAGAGUAUCAGAGAGAUGUUGGGUGAACCCAAAUCUCAGCAAGCCCCCCACAGACCUGAGGAGGCUGAGAUUUUCCCGGAGCUGUCCAAGGGUCUGCAUUCCAUAAGUCGUUUGUUCCAGCCACACCUGUCGGCCCAACGGAAGAAGCCCAAGCAGAGGCCCGCCUUCUACUCGCUGGGGGACGACCCCCAGGACCAACGACACGACGACGCCUUCAGGCAACGACUUGCUUCGGACGCUUUUGCAUGGAGUCCCUUCUAGUAGAUGAAUCCUUGCAUAGUCGCUGUUCAGCAUUCAUGUAUUAGAAUUUUUGUGCUCAGGCCAAAACCAUCUCUAAUAUAAAAAACAUUAUUUUAGUGCCAUCUUGUGGCAUCUUGGUGUCAAGGAACUAUGUUGAAGUGAAUCCUCGCAUAUUCACGGUUCAGGAUUGGUGAAUUUGCCUAUUUUCCGAUUUUGGGGGAAACCCCUAAUUGAGUAUGAUGCCCAUUCCUAUUGUUUUUGUUUCUAUAUUUUUUUUUAUUUAAUAAGUUAUUUUGACAAAAUAAACACAAAAUCGUAGCGGUGUUGGAAAAUUAGGCAGAACAUUAAAAAUAUCAUAAUAUAGUAACGCGAAAAGAAUCCCAAUGACAUCGUGACAUACCGUCUGUUGUUAAUUUCCAACGCAUCGAUUAUCGCACAAACAGAGUAUCCUGAUACUAAUGGCAAAGUGUCGUGAGAUUGUAUUAUAAUACAGCAUCGAUACGCUACCGUUAAAUAUCAAUAUUUGUAUUAAGAAAGUAAAGGUACAGGUUUAGUUUGAGUAACUAUGGUAUUAAUAGAAGCAUCCCAUGAUAAUAUAUAUACAGUAUAUUAUUAUUAUUUUGUCAUGCUCAAUGAACCUGGAAGUAGCCUGCUAACAAAAACACUUAUUUUGCACUUUAGUGCCUUUCCUGAGGUCUGCGGAUAUGUUAUUAUUAUUAUUAAUCAGUUUAUUUGAAAGGGGACAAUGCAAUUUCAUAAAACACAUGAAAUACACAUGGUUAAAAAAGCCAGAAUUAGCCAGAAGGCUAGUUUACAUCUGUAGUCCCCUGGCCAUGAUGUAAAAAAGCAGUAAAAUACAUCUACAAGACAAUAUAAUACAGGAUACAUAAUCAAAGACUUACUAUACUAUUAAGAGAGAAUAAAACCACAAAUCAUUUGAUCAUAAAAAAAAAAAACAUCAUAACAUACUUGUCUUUUAGUGUUGGCAGCUAUAGGUGUUAACUAGCCACAUUUUCAUUUUUUUUUGUGUGAAGGCCUUGUAUGUUGUAAGCAGUGUGACUUACAUGUGAAUGUGAUUCAGCAGUGAUUCACAUGGCUCUACUCAAGGUGUUUCACAGUUAGUCAUUGUCCCUGAAGGCAUCGUCUCCCUGCAGCCACGUGUGAUAUUACAAAUGAAAGGGAUCUGUCGGAACGUAACUUAACGUGACGUAAAUACCUACGCCAAGGAUGUUGUUGGGGCAUGGGACAAGGAAGAAGCCAUGAUAUAUCGUUUUGGUCAUAAUUUAUUGGUAAAUAAUAACAAGGCAUAUGCAUUACGCGGGAGACUAUGAAGGUGAAGAUCCAAAUUACGAUUGUUGUGCCAAUCAA